ACUAGCGUUGGCCGCGCCCAGAAUGGCUUCUUGCUCGGGCCCCUCUCCCUCUCGUCGUCUUUGCGCGCGUGAGCAUGUCCAUUGUCUUCCUCUUGUCGUCGUCGAUCACCUGGACCCCGCUCCCCCUCCGGCAGCUUCCUCACCGACGCAAGCCGCCGCGCGUCCACGAGCAUACAGUGCCAACCGGGCAUUUAUGGCGUUCAGCUUCUUCUCCUCUUGUCCCCGAGCUUUGCUCGUCCCUGUGCAUCAUUGUAGCUCUGCUGCACCUCUCAGUUGCCUUCCCCGAGCUCAUGUGCGAGCACACAGAUCUGCGGCGCCGGCCACGCGUCCGCGGCGACGCCAGCGCGGCACGUCCUCGUCCCGGCUAUUUAAGGCCACCCGAGCUCCUCCUUUCCUUAGCAUCGGCCUCCCCUCACUCCCAGCUCCCUCCCCAAUCAGUCAACUGAGCCGGAGGACCUCUCCCCGCUGCCCAUCGCCGCCAUGGCCGCCGUCGGGCUCUGCUCAAAUCCGAGUACCCCAAGCUCCUCCCCUCCUUCUACCACCACCAAUAGAACACCACCACUCCGGCGACCAUCCCCAUGCCCUUUUCCCCUCGCCGGAGCCGCUACGGCCUCGAAUCCCAUCUCCACCCGAAGCCCCCUCUGCUGUAGUGCUUGCUGCUCUCAACCCCGCCCUCCUUGAGGUCCGUUCUACCCUAGAGCGGGUCGGCCUCGUCGCCCUGAGCACGUGGGUAGGUCAAGCGCCGCCUAUGGUGGCCGGAGUCACCGGCGAUCGUCGUCGAGGCGGCCGGCCUCGCCUCUGCCUCGGCGCGCGUCAAGAGGAGGAAGGAGGAGCCAGGAGGAGAGAGAUGGAUAAGGCGGACCCCACCUCUCAGGGGCUUGUUUGUAGAGAUAUUCUUAUAGAUUGGUUCCUGAACUUCGUCGGGCUACAUCUUUUUAACCACAACUCCAAAUGAGCUCCCUCCGAGAGAGUAUGAUUUCCGGCAAUUCGUUCCACGAGUUCUCGCGCUUUCUCCUGGUGAUUUCUUCCACCCCAGGCAAGCCACAAUACCCACUUGCAUGAUAGUCAUGCAGUAGCUAUGGUUUUCAACUUGAACAUUUAUUAAAUGAUUGCUUGUUUAAAAUAUGGUUAUAGUUGUCUCGGUACUACUUAAUAAAUGCUUACUUUCUUUCUAUGUUGUUAUGCACCGGAUUUGUCAUGCCCUGCUAGUUGUUAGUAUUCCUUUCAUAUUCUUAUGCUUGCUAGUAGUACAUAUUGAUGUUGGUAAUGGUCUUCGGUGCAUGACUGUCGUCGGUCCUGAGUACCAUUGUUAUGCAUGUCCCACUGUAUCUAGUUGGUGAAAUGCUUGCAUGAUGGCAUUGUUGAUAUGUUCUUGCAUGAUAUUUAUUGUUGAUGCUAAUGGUCAUGCUAUGUUUCGUAGAAGUAUGUACUUAUGAUGUUCAUGCUAGUCUGUAUGCCAUGUUUAGUUGGAUAUAAUUCAUUGUUGAUAUGGUGGAUAGUUAUGUGGUUCUCUCGUGAUUAUGUUGAUAUCAUGCUCAUGCAUUGUAAUAUGCAUCAUGCUAGUUUGCCAUGGCUCAGCAUAUUGCAUUCAAGUUUAACCGGAUGUAAUUGAACUUGAACACCUGUUGGCUGAGUCAUGGUGCCACCAUAUCG